CUGAAUAAGUAGGAGGAGCACGCCCGCCCACAAAAGCCACAGCUAUUCUCCGUAUCUCGCAUUAAAAUAACCAUAUUCCGCACCGAAAAACCGGGGACUUGGCGUCCGAGACAAGCGGCGGCGGCGGUGUGUUGUCGGCGCGCAGCGGACAGCGACGAGGAUUCCGCGAGGCUUUUCGGCGGGAGAAACGGCGGCGACAGGCAGCGCUGAGAAGAGGGUGUUGUCCUGAUGCUUAAAUGGAAGUGGGUGGGCCUUCACGGUCGCACACUGCCAACUCCUCCGUGGAUGCCUCUCUGACAAGCGCUCGCUUCCUCGUUUAUGGACGGUGUGUCCGGUGAAUCGCGGAGCGGUCGGGGCUGCCAGCGGCGCGGUGAACACCCACGAGCCCUCCGCUUUCAGCUGCUCGGGGCGCUUGAUUGUGCCUCCGCUUGGCACCGCCCUUCCUGGCCGGUGGGUGGUUUCGUGAACGGGCAGAUCCGCCACGGCCCAUCGCCAAACGUAUAGGCCGUCCUCCGCCAGUGUACCCGGCCGGCCUUCCACCGUGAACUAACACCCUCUUCUUGGUAUAUUAAUGCGGUAUGAGUGACUCGAAGAAGGAAUCAUCUGCUACUGAAGGAGGGAAAGCGUCUAAAAAAGGAAAAAGUUCUGGAUUGCAGGAUUCUUCCCAGCCUUCUCCGUUGGCUCUGCUUGCAGCCACGUGCAGUAAAAUCGGUGGGCAGGGAGUAGUAGAAGGGGCCCAGGCCGGAGCGCAGCAGAUCCAGCUCCAGGCUGGCCAGAUCCAGCUGCAGGCUGGUCAGCUACAGGGCCAGAUAGUGGUGGACGCAGCUGGGGCCCAGACUCUUGUGCCUCAGCAGCUGGAGCUGGUCCCAGCCCAGCUCACCGGGAACGGUUGGCAGAUUAUCACAGCGGCUCCAGCCAUGGCCAAGGAGAACGCCGCCCAGCCUGUUGCUGUGACCGUGGCAACCACAAUGGCGAAUGACAGCUCCUCAGCUGGACGCAAGGUGAUGGAGGUAAAGGCUGUUGGUGGGGGCAACAGUGUAGCCGCCAGUCAGCAGCAGCAGCAGUUCCAGAUCAUUCAGGUGCAGAACCUGCCGAACGCUGGCGCCGGUGUCCAGUACCAACUCAUCCCUCACCUGCAGACUGCUGACGGACAGCAGAUCCACAUCAGCCCAGCUCAGACCACCUCCCUCGGAGCACUUCCUGAGCAGGUUCAGCUGAUCCAGAGCUCCAGCCAAGGACAAACACAGGCCAUUCUCCAGCCUGCCAACCAGCAGGCCAUCUUGACCUCCACAGCCAAUCAGACGGUGCCGCUGCAAAUCCGCCCGGCGCAGUCUUUCCCGCUCCAGCUCCAGACUUUGCAAGGCUCCCAGGCGCCGGUGAUGACAACAGUGCCAAUAAACCUGGGCGGGAUGACCCUCGCUGUACCUGUGAUCAAUAACGUGGGAGGAAGCGGCGCCGUUCAGCUCAUCCAAUCGGCUGACGGAACAUUUUCGGUCGCCAACGGCAACCAGUUGAUGACGACGGCUAUAUCGGGAGCCGUUCCUCCUCCAGCAUCAAACUCAUCCACGACUUCCGCCGGAGAAGGGGACGGCGUGUCGGACGGGACUCAAGUGGUUUCGGCAGGAUCCGAAGGAGGAGUGAGCGACGGUCCGGCGCAGAGUAGCGAGGCCGACUCCCAGAGCCAGAACCAGGCCAACGGAGUCCAGACCCAAACGGAAGCAACCAUUCAACAGGUGAUUGUGGGACAAGUAGGGCAUCAACUGGUACAACAGAUCCAGGUUCAACCGCAGACCCCGAAUCAAAACCAAACCCAGACACAGCAGCAACCCCAGCACAUCCAGACCCUCCAGCUGGCCUCAGGACAAACGCUGCAGCCCAUUCAGGCGUUCCAGAACCCAGCGCAGGUCCUCAUCCGCACGCCCACCUUGUCUCCAAAUGGGCAGAUCACUUGGCAGACCCUGCAGCUGCCUGGCGGGGUCUCGCUGCAGGGCGGAUUGGGGGCCACAGUACCACAGCAGCUCACUCUGGCCCCCGUGGCCGGUGGGGCCACAGUUGGGAGCGGGGGCCUUGUUUCUUUAAGCGGCGCUCCUUUGACCUUGAGCGCAGCUCAGCUCAACCCUGGAUCCGGGGUUCAGACCGUCAGCAUCGCAGGGCUGGGCAGCGCUGGGGUCCAGGUCCAGGGGGUGCCUCUCACCAUCACAGGUCUCCAAGGUCAAACGACGGCUCAGGAAGGGAUCAAAGUUCAGUCGUCUCCAGUGGCUGUCACCGUGGCACCGGGCUCAUCGAUGAGUCCGGACCAGCUGGGUUCUGUUCAGAGCUCUUCUGACCAGGAGGGUCCACCCAGCAAGAGGCUACGCCGGGUCGCCUGCUCCUGUCCGAACUGCAGGGACGGAGAGGGCAGGAACAGUGGAGAUCCCACUAAGAAGAAGCAGCACAUUUGUCACAUGGAGGGCUGCGGGAAGGUGUACGGCAAGACCUCCCACCUCAGAGCCCACCUGCGCUGGCACACCGGAGAGAGGCCGUUUGUCUGUAACUGGAUCUUCUGUGGGAAAAGGUUCACCAGGAGCGACGAGCUGCAGCGGCACCGGCGAACGCACACAGGAGAGAAGCGCUUCGAGUGCCCCGAAUGCUCCAAACGCUUCAUGCGCAGCGACCACCUCUCCAAGCACAUCAAAACCCAUCAGAACAAGAAGAGCGGCGCCGCCGUGGCGAUCAUCACCACGGAGGACAUGGAGGAAGAGGUCCCGGAGAGCCUGGGCGCCAUCCCUCAGAUCGUGGCCGUGUCCACGCUCUCUCGUGACUCUGACCCCGCCACCCCCACCACGUCCAAUCACCUGGAGGAGGAAGAGGAUGACGAAGAGUUUGAGUAGAAACCGUUUUUUUUUCCAGCGUGUCCUGUGAUUUCAACUAUCUGGACUGAAGAGUCUUUAUGUUUCUAAAUCAGUCGGUCAGAAAUGUAUUUUUAGUUCGGCAUUUAAAAGGUUCCUGCUGGGGAACGAAAUAUCGAUGAAGAUAUGUGAGAGUGGUUUGACAUGGAGAGUUUUCCUAAGCUCAACAAUCUCUAUGCACAAAGUUGUGUCCAUGUUUCACGCCUGUCAGACAGGACCCAGGGUCAAUCGAGGUACAGGGCUGUUGCAGAGCUGCUACAUCCACACUACUGCUGUUCACUUGUCACUUCCUGGGAAGUUCAGUUCAAAUCUGGAUCUAGUUGAGUUUGCCCUGAUUUAAAAACGAUGAGUUUUUUAUUGGUUCAGAGAGCUUGACAUUAGCAUCUGUGAUAAACUUUCUUUCACUCAAAAUUAGCCUCAGAUUUUAAAGUUUGCACUUCUAAAUGUGCUUUUUGAUCAUAAAAUGACCCGACUUGGGCUGGAAAAUGCUUUCAGUUCUUGAAACUAUGGCUUAUUGAUCAUUACUUAAACUUUUUAUUCGCUCAGGAAUGUCGCCAUUCGACAACAUAUAUUGUUUGCUGGUUACAGGCAGUAACACAAAUGCUACAAUGUGGAGAGUGUAGUAUUUAAAAAGCUCUCAUCCGGCCUUGUUUUUGUUGAAUCAUAAAUCUAAAUUUUUUUCUGAUGUAACUAUAGUCCAACACUUGCACAAGCUAUUCAAUCAGGAAAUUAUUGGUAUUGUCCAGACGUCAGAGUAGUGUGGAUGUAGCCAAGUGAUGAUAGUGGUGUGCGUGUGUUUGUGUGUGCAUAAAUGAGAACCAUGUUCAUGUGUGUGUGAGUCUCCAUGUUAAUUCAAAUCUAUCUAAUUUGAGUUUUAUUCAGGUUCAGUCCUGCGACCAGAUUCAGGUGAGGAUUCUUUUUUUAAGAAAAGGAAUAAAAAAAAAAGCACAUAUGAAAAGAUUUAUGAAUAAUGCAUUCCUACUGAGGCACAGGGGCCGAUUAAAAAAAAAAAGCCGUUUGUAUAUGAAGAAGAAACAAUCUAGCUUUCUACAACUGUGUGUGUGUUGAAAGCAAUACAACAAUGACAAUCUUGGUGGAAUCUUGUUUACAUCGUGAAAUUUAAGUUUUCCUUGAGGGCAGGAGAGACGCGUCAUCGGUGCCGACGUCUGAGCAAAAGCUGAAGGUUUGGAUUCGGGAGUGUUGUUUUUUCUGAGAUGUGGCUCUGACGCUUUUGGUUUUCAGCUUCUCCUCCAAACUCAAACAAGCGCCAACUAUGUACCACAAUUGCCUUAACACAAGUUGAAGUACAGGCGGCGCUGUUUGGAGAUUUCAGGAGGAGAGAAAGAGGAGAAGUGUUAACUGGAUGUUUUUUUGUGGUUGUUGCUCCGUGUUAGCUCAGUGUGAACAUUGUUUUUUUUUUUUUUUUUUAAUUAAAAAACAUUUAUUUUAAAGAGUUUAUUUUAAAGUCCCCAUGUGUUUUGACACAGGACGGCACAAGCUAAUUUAUUGUCCUUUGCUUUGUAAUAUUUGAUGGUAUCUGUGUGUGUAUGUGUACAGCAUGUUUCAGUUUUUGCCGUAGUGCUGCUUCUUUUUUCUUCUUAGUGCUUGUUCUUUUCUUUUCUUCUCUUGGCGCCGUGUUGAAAAUAAAUAACAGACGAAGAAAAAAAAGACGUUAAAAAGACUAAUACCAAACAAGUUUCAAUGUUCUGGGUGAUAAUUUUGUGUGAUGUUUUUUUUCUUUUUCAAAUGAUUUGUAGUGGAAUCUCAUUUGUAAAACUUUUUCUAAAGCUGUUUGUUUGUCGUCAUGACGUUUGAUAACGGCUUUUGCCACAUCGGCCUCAAAGGCUGCAGUUUAUUGAUAUUUCUAAAAAAAAAAAAAAACUUGUUUGUACAAAUGUGUUAUGUGGAUACAAGAGUGAAAGAGGCGAGAAACGAUGCUUUGCCUGCAUAACACUUGACAAUAAAGUGGUUGAAAAGUUGAGAUUGGAGUGUGAAGAUUGGAGUUUGCGGCGCUUUGAUCUGAAAAGAGAUGUUUUACAUUUGCAGCUAGCAAUUUCAACUGAAUAAGUUCAAUGACAUACACUGGCUUAAGUUUCCAUGAAUACAUUUCACAGCAGUUUUGCGUUAAUAAAAUGUUUCUGGUCCACUGACAUCACACGCAGAGGACUUGACCACCGCAGCGGCUGCAUUUGUAAGCACAGAAGCGAGUAGAAAACCGUGACCAAAUAUGUGUCUGAUAUCAGUGCGGUCACUGAUGGCGCGUCC